GAAUUACAGCGCUUCCUAUCGUUCAAUUGCCGUGCAAUAGAGGCACUGGAGCCUGUUGCCAGGGCUUUGACUGGCUACUGCAAAGGUAGUUUGUGCGAUAUUUGGAAAAAGAAGAAUGCUAUCAGAAUGAUUUCUACGAGAAGGGUGGCAGAGAGAUAUCCGUUGCAUUAUUUGGUUUGGUAUAAUAAAUACAAGGAACUGGAAAAGGAACUUAGCACCAAGCAGGUUGACACGGAGGAGCUGGACCCUCGAGGACGGACACCCCUACACCUGGCCGUCACCCUGGGCUUCCUGGAGUGUGCUCGAGUCUUGCUGAAACAUGGUGGUGACGUCAGUAAAGAGAAUCAUAAUGGCUGGACAGGUCUCCAGGAAGCCGUGAGUACGGGCGACCUGGAGUUAGUGCAACUUGUUCUCCGCUACCGUGACUACCAAAGAUCCAUCAAACGGCUAUCAGGGAUACCAUGCCUACUGGAGAAACUGCGGCAGGCACAAGACUUCUACGUGGAAAUGAAAUGGGAGUUUACAAGCUGGGUGCCCCUGGUCUCCAAGAUCUGCCCGAGCGACACGUACCGUGUGUGGAAGAGCGGCCAGAACCUGCGUGUGGACACCACGCUGCUCGGCUUUGACCACAUGACCUGGCAGCGAGGAAACCGGAGCUUCAUCUUCCGUGGGCAAGAUAACUGCGCGGUGGUGAUGGAGAUCGACCACGACCGGCAGAUGGUCUACUCGGAGACACUGUCGCUGGCCAACUUUGACCAUGAGAUGCUGCUGGGUGCCCUGCAGCCCUCCGAGGAGCAGGUGGCCAACCGUCUGACCAUGCCCAUCGUCACCACCCAGCUAGAUACCAAGAACAUCGCCUUCGAAAGAAAUAAAUCCGGAAUCUUGGGAUGGAGAAGUGAGAAAACUGAAGUCAUAAACGGAUACGAGUCCAAGGUUUACGGAGCUUCCAACGUGGAACUGGUGAGCAGAACAAGGACAGAACACCUAUCAGACCAGAACAAGGGCAAGAGCAAAGGUGUGAGUCUGCGAUGCCACAACGCGGCUCCAUCAGUGUCCAGCCUGUUGGCCCAACAUCCAGCCAUGCCUCCCGCCAGCCAGAAGACCCAAAGAAGCAAGACUCCACUGCAGUCGUUCCUGGGCAUUGCGGAGCAGCACGUGGGGACACACAACGGGGCCUACAUCACCCAGACAUUCAGUAACACCAACCCCACAUCCAUCACACCGGAGGAGUACUUCAACCCCAACUUUGACCUGGGAAGCCGUGACAUUGGGCGGCCCAUGGAGCUCACCACCAAAACGCAGAAGUUCAAGGCCAAGCUGUGGCUGUGUGAGGAUCACCCCCUAUCGCUGGCAGACCAGGUCGCUCCCAUCAUCGACCUCAUGGCCAUAAGCAACGCUCUCUUCGCUAAACUUCGAGACUUCAUCACCCUGCGCCUACCGCCAGGGUUCCCAGUCAAAAUAGAGAUCCCGAUCUUCCACAUCCUGAAUGCUCGCAUCACCUUUGGGAACUUGAACGGCAGUGACGAGCGGGUGACGUCGCUGAGGACUAGCCCCACUAGCGAGGCCCCCUCUCCCAGCAGUGACACCUCCAGCAUCUCCAGCACCAGCUCCAUGACAUCGUGUCGGGGUUGUGACAUGGACCCGGCUCUGUUCGAGGUGCCCAGGAGCUACACGGUGGUGGGGACCAACCGCGACUCGCUGCGUGAGGAGGACGAUGAUCUCCUGCAGUUUGCCAUCCAGCAGAGCCUGCUAGAAGCGGGCACAGAGUACGACCAGGUGACCAUCUGGGAAGCGCUGACCAACAGCAAACCAGGAACUCGGCCCGCGAGCGUUGAGGAGAGCAAUGGAGAAAGUAGCCCAGAGCACAGCAACGUGGAGUGUGAGCCCAGCCCCCAGCACAGUCCCAGCGGCCAGCUCUACCCCAACUACGAUGAACAACUGCGGCUGGCCAUGGAGCUGUCGACGAAAGAACAAGAGGAGAUGGAGAAACUGAAGCAGCAGGAGGAGGAGGAGUUGGAACGUAUCAUUCAACUGUCACUCACUGACAAAUAACAUCAGCAACACUCCUCAGCCCUCUCACCAAUGUUUGUUUUUUUAACUAUUUAAACAAAAAUCGGAAGAUGCAAGUCCUCCAGUCCAUGCAUUAUCAUUGAGCACAAACGAGCAAAUGAGAGCUCAGAGCUAGUUUACAGCCCGACAAUUCUGCGUUAAAAAUGCAACAUUAAGACCCGGCUGAGCCUCCAACUCUUUACUCUCCUGUCUUUCACACGAUUGAAGAGUAAUUAUGACAAGGGCAGCCCACAGCGGAGACAGGCAGAAGUCUACGGAGAAAUGUUUCUGUCUGUCAUUGGGAAUUGGUUGGAAAAUCUAUGCGGAGAUUCUGACAGGGAAUUGGAAUAUUGUUGGUAUAUAUCUGCCCUCGCCUCCCCCGCUUGGAGGUUUUUAACUUUGUACACUCAGAUCGCUCAAAGACUCUCCUGUCUCAGUUGGCAGCUGGCAGUACGUGAGGUUGUCCAAGUCCGAUUGUCAGCUCGGACACAAUUCUAUAGCACAAUUUAUUCCAGGGAUGUCUGGAAAUGGGACGGGGAACAUCACGGUUCAGUUGAGUUGAGUUUAUUGUCACGUGUACCGAGGUACAGUGAAAGGCUUUUGUUGCAUGCUAGCCAGUCAGCAGAAAGACUAUACAUGAUUACAAUCGAGCCGUCCAC